UCGUGAAUGUUGGCUUAGCGAUCCCGUGCGAGUUAAAAAGUCCGACUGACUGUUGGUGAAAAGAGAUUAUCUUGACUCUCUACAAAGCCCCUGCUAUCAUAUAUAUCGCAAAUUGGCUAUGCAUAUAGCGCUGCCAACGGUGGGCAAGAGCGAAAGACUUGUAAUCUUAACAACCAAUUUGUUUAGAAUAUUAGAUUUAUAUUUAACACCAAAGAAUAAACUUAUAUGCUAUAUGUGGUAUGCAUUAUUGGAUGUUGAUGUCUAUUGCAGCAGUGAGAAUAAGACUACUACCAAAACUACCAGAACAUUUAAAAAUGGAAAUUUGGAUAUCGAAAUCAAAAGUAACAAUAAAGUAAACUUAAACAUACGAAAAUAUGAUGGAAAAAGCCUAGAAUACCAAAUGUACACGAAAUCGUCAGAAAUCGGAGAUGAAGAACAGUUAAUGAUUGAAAUAGACUGCGAGAAUUUAACGACAUGCAUAAAGUCCGGGGAGACACGACACACCUGGAUAAAAGUGGAAAGGGAGACCGAGUUGAUACAAAUAAGACGAGUGCUGGACGAUGCAAAUGGUCAGAUCACUGACUGUUUCAAUUUAGGCAAAGAUACCGACUGGUACGGUGGACCGCAAUGUCGGCUUCAGCACUGGCCGAUACAACACGCUUACUACGACGAGGAAGCUUACGUGCCUACCCACCAGCGGCAUAUGUCCGUGACAGAGCGCUAUUGGUUGUCCAGUAAAGGCAUGUACGUAUUCGUCGACGAGCACGACCCGCUGUUCCUUGACCAGAACAACUUCAAGGAUAAUCACCUGUGCCUCAUGGCUAAGAACAAGCCUCCGUAUAGGCAGCGAAACAACCUUACACUUAGCUAUGACAUCGGCGUCUUCGUCAAUCCGAUGGCAGCUCACAAAAACGCGACCUAUCGAAACUUCCACAAACCCGAAGGUCUACCGGACGAACGCAUGAUCACUCAUCCAAUCUGGUCUACCUGGGCGAGACAUAAGCUUAGCGUGAACGAGAGCUUGAUCAGGAGCUUCGCCGAUGAAAUCAUUGCUCAUGGCUUCAACAAUAGUCAGGUCGAGAUCGGCGACAACUGGGAAACCUGUUAUGGAUCCGCUCGCUUCGAUACCAGCAAAUUCUCAGACGCGAAGACGCUUAUCAGUGAUCUCAAGAGCAAGGGCUUCAGAGUGAGUCUUUGGAUUCAUCCGUUCAUUAACGUAAACUGCGAGGAAGCAUACAAUGACGCACUCAACAAUGGUUACCUGGUUAAGAACGAGCAAGACCAAAUCCACGUUAGCUGGUGGCGAGGUGCAGACGCAGCUGCGAUAGAUUUCACGAAUCCGAAGGCAGCCGAGUGGUGGAUUUCCCGUUUAAAUGCAUUAAGAGAGCUCGGCAUCGAUAGUUUCAACUUCGAUGCUGGAGAGACUUCAUGGCUACCACAAGUUGCGAAUUUAGAAGGACCGCAGAGCCUUCAACCGGGUAUUUACGUUCAUAAUUACACCAACAUCGUGGCCAGCUACUUUGGUAAUAACAUUGAGACAAGAGUGGGCUGGAGAAGCCAGAAACUACCGAAUUUCAUUAGGAUGAUAGACAAGGACGCCAAGUGGAGCUGGAGCAAUGGCCUACCUACCCUCAUUACCACACUACUACAGAUGAAUCUCAAUGGUUAUAUUUACGUACUACCCGGUAUAAUAGGCGGAUAUGCCGACAAUUCUUUGACACCCAGCGAGCUGCCCUCUAAGAAUUUGUUUAUUAGGUGGCUACAGGCUACUGUUUUUAUGCCAGCGAUGCAAUACUCUUACGCUCCCUGGGACUUUGAUGAUAACACCAUUAAUAUUUGUAAAAACUAUACCGACAUGCAUGCUGCGUUGGCUCCACGGAUAAUCAAUUACAUGAAAAAAUCUAUGGAAACGGGAGAGCCGUUGAACGCACCCAUUUGGUGGGUCGAUCCUGUUAAUAUUGAUGCCUACAAAGUGAAUGACGAAUUCCUUCUCGGAGGAGAAAUUCUGGUAGCGCCCGUGAUUGAGGAGAAUGCUUUAUAUCGUGAUAUUUUUCUACCUUCUGGAAUCUGGAAAGAUGCUAAUACUGGAAAAGAUUAUGUUGGUCCUAUGUGGUUGGAUAAUUACUCAGUACCACUGAAUGUUUUACCUCACUUUUAUAAGAAUUAUUGAUAACAUUUAUC